UUCCUGCUCUCCACAAAACGGCUCCGAACCGUCUCCAGCGCCAGAGGGAACGAAAAGCAAACGUCGGGUAUUAUUAUGUCGAUUUUCCAAGGACAGGGGUUCUCACCACAGAACCGAUGAAAAGGCUGCCUCUUCAGGAGUCCUGCCAGCGUUUUCUACUUAGAGCUCCGUAGGAUUGCCGGGAUUUGCUGUGGACCAGCAACUUUCUUAUACUUACAUCUCACGACUUCAAGAAGGUAUUUUGUUUGCUGCACUGUCCAGUUCCUACCAUCAUUCCGGUCUCCCUGAGCAAAGUUUAGACUCUUCGUUCAAAGUUAUGUGAAUGUGAUUGCUAAUUGAAAGAUAACUUUUGGUUUUGGAUGAGUCUGUGGAGUUUACGUUGUAAGAAGAAAGGGAGCCCGAGACACGAUGAAAGAAAAGUCUAAAAAUGCUGCCCGGACGAGGAGGGAGAAAGAAAACAGUGAAUUUUAUGAACUGGCUAAAUUACUGCCUUUACCCUCAGCCAUCACCUCGCAGCUGGACAAAGCAUCCAUAAUCAGACUCACGACCAGCUAUCUCAAAAUGAGAGUGGUCUUCCCAGAAGGGCUUGGCGAGGCGUGGGGCCACACCAGUCGAACCAGUCCCUUGGACAACGUUGGUCGAGAACUCGGCUCUCAUCUACUCCAGACUCUGGAUGGCUUCAUCUUCGUGGUGGCCCCAGAUGGAAAGAUCAUGUACAUUUCAGAGACAGCUUCGGUUCACCUGGGCCUUUCUCAGGUGGAGCUGACUGGGAACAGCAUCUAUGAAUACAUCCACCCGGCUGACCACGAUGAGAUGACAGCGGUGCUCACAGCCCACCAGCCCUACCACUCGCACUUUGUACAGGAGUAUGAGAUCGAACGUUCCUUCUUUCUGAGGAUGAAGUGUGUUUUGGCCAAGCGGAAUGCUGGCCUCACCUGCGGUGGCUACAAGGUCAUUCACUGUAGCGGCUACCUGAAGAUCCGCCAGUACAGCCUGGAUAUGUCGCCCUUCGAUGGGUGUUACCAGAAUGUGGGCUUGGUGGCCGUGGGUCACUCCCUGCCUCCGAGCGCUGUCACAGAAAUCAAACUACACAGCAACAUGUUCAUGUUCCGAGCCAGUCUGGACAUGAAGCUUAUUUUCCUGGACUCCAGGGUGGCGGAGCUGACUGGGUAUGAACCUCAGGACUUGAUUGAGAAGACCCUGUACCAUCACGUGCACGGCUGCGACACCUUCCACCUACGCUGCGCACACCACUUACUGUUGGUGAAGGGGCAGGUGACCACCAAGUACUACAGGUUCUUGGCGAAGCACGGCGGCUGGGUCUGGGUACAGAGUUAUGCCACCAUCGUUCACAACAGCCGCUCCUCCAGGCCGCACUGCAUCGUCAGCGUCAACUACGUCCUCACAGACACAGAAUACAAAGGGCUGCAGCUCUCCCUGGACCAGAUCUCAGCCUCUAAGCCCACCUUCUCCUAUGCCAGCAGCUCCACACCCACCAUCACUGACAACAGGAAGGGGGCUAAGUCUCGGCUCUCCAGCGCCAAGUCAAAAUCCAGGACCUCCCCAUAUCCCCAAUAUUCGGGAUUCCACACUGAAAGAUCGGAAUCUGACCAUGACAGCCAGUGGGGUGGAAGUCCCCUGACUGAUACUGCCUCCCCACAGCUCCUGGACCCAGAGAGGCCUGUUUCUCAGCACGAAGUGUCAUGUGCCUACAGGCAGUUCCCAGAUCGCAGCUCUCUCUGCUAUGGCUUUGCCCUGGAUCACUCCAGGCUGGUGGAGGACAGACACUUCCACACUCAAGCCUGUGAGGGGGGCCGCUGUGAGGCAGGCAGGUACUUCUUAGGAGCACCACCAACUGGGAGAGAUCCCUGGUGGGGCUCUCGAGCAGCCUUGCCACUUACCAAGGUUUCCCCGGAGAGCAGAGAAACCUAUGAGAACAGCAUGCCGCACAUCACCUCUGUCCACAGAAUCCAUGGUCGAGGUCACUGGGAUGAAGAUAGCGUGGUCAGCUCUCCAGACCCUGGGUCAGCCAGUGAAUCAGGUGACCGAUACCGCACCGAACAGUAUCAAAACAGCCCACACGAACCUAGCAAAAUUGAAACUCUCAUAAGAGCCACGCAGCAGAUGAUUAAAGAGGAGGAGACUAGAUUACAGCUAAGGAAAGCUCCUUCAGACCAACUGGCGUCCAUUAAUGGAGCUGGGAAAAAACACUCUGUCUGUUUUGCAAACUAUCAACAGGCCCCGUCGGCAGGGGAAGUCUGCCACAGCUCUGCUCUGGCCAGCACUUCACCGUGUGACCAUGUCCAGCAGAGGGAGGGGAAGAUGCUCAGCCCUCAUGACAAUGACUAUGACAACAGCCCCACUGCACUGUCUCGGAUAAGUAGUCCCAGUUCUGAUCGCAUUACAAAGUCCAGUUUGAUCUUGGCUAAAGACUACCUACAUUCAGAUAUGUCUCCUCAUCAGACGACAGGAGAGCAUCCUGCCAUUUCUCCAAACUGCUUUGGCUCUCACCGGCAGUAUUUUGAUAAGCAUGCCUAUACAUUAACUGGAUAUGCCCUGGAGCAUUUAUAUGACAGUGAAACUAUUAGAAACUAUUCCUUGGGCUGCAAUGGCUCACACUUUGAUGUAACUUCCCAUCUGAGGAUGCAGCCAGACCCAGCACAAGGACACAAGGGAACAUCUGUUAUAAUAACCAAUGGAAGCUGAUGUUUUUCUAGGAUAUUUUGUUUUUUUCAAGGGUCUCUGAAACACAUUUAUAGUUUAAUACCCCAUUAGCAGCAUUUACUAUACCACAGAUUGUU